AUAAAUUUAUAAAAAAGUACACAAAAUAAAGCACUAUGCUCCACCCCCUUUGCCUUUAAAAAGCCCCCAAAUCCUCCUUUGCUCCUCCCCUUUCUCUCUUCUUCCUUCUCUUGCUUGUGUUCUUGGUUUCUGCUGCUUUUUCUUCAUAAAUUUGCACUUUCUUUCAAUGGGUUUCUUUGUAGAAGAUUCAGGUGUAAUAGUAACCCAUCUCCUGUACAAGGCAGCUGUUAUUCUGGCAGUCUUGAGAUGGGCUUUGUCUUGGGCAAUCAAGCUCAGAAACAGAACUCAUUUACCUUCCUCUACCAAUGAUUCUCUACACCAAUCCCAUCCUCUCCCUUCUUCCCAGCAGAUAAGGGACGGUCUGAUCUUGACCACUUUUGGUGACAUCACGGAGAGGAUUUCAGGAGCGUGUGACAAGUGUGCUGUCUGCUUGGGCCAUUUGAAAGACCAUGAUGUGGUCAGGGAACUGAGGAACUGCUGCCACGUGUUCCACAAAGAGUGCAUUGAUAGAUGGCUAGAUCAUGAUCAUGAUAAUCACAAAACUUGUCCGUUAUGUAGGGCGCCUCUUUUGACCACUUCACAGUGCUCGGCUUGGGUCAAGUCUGAGCCCAGUUGGGCUGUUGAGAGAAUUCUCUACCUAUUUGGAGAUGAUUUGUUUGUUCAAUAAUGGCUGCUUCCUUAUUUUAGUGGUUUAGGGCAAAAAUAGAGGGAAAAUAGGAUCAAUCAAUUUUGUAUGGAUUGGCCUUUGGAUAUGUCUAUAUUUGCAAUUUAUUGUUAAUUUCAUUUAUAGUUUUUAUAUUAUUUUACAAUUUUCGUUUAAA